AUGAGGUUUCCAGCAAACACAGAACAUGUGAAAGGCCUGUUCUUCAAAGCUAGCACACCCUCAUUCCUGCCUCCUGAUUUUAGGAGCCUUUUUCCUCUUUCUUCAGAGAUGGGCGUGUCAGUAACAAGGCACAGCGUGGAGGAAAAUUUUCACGAUGAGAUAAAACUGUUUUCUGUUGAGCAUCUGACAUCUGUUGUCGCUCUCCUCCUUCUGGCAGCUGCUGGAAUUCCUGUGAGUUCACAGAAGGAAUGUAUGGAAUAUCCUUCAACGUGGUGCCAAGAUUUUGCUACAGCUCUGAAGUGUGGGACUUUGGAUCACUGUCAGAAAAUGCUGCAACUUGACAGCACUAAAAACCUUAAAUGUAGUCUUUGUAAGUUCAUUGUAGUUCUGAUGGCAAAAGUUGUUCAAGACAAUUCUACAGAUGAAAGACUUGCUAAGUUUUUAGAGAAGGGUUGCCAAUAUCUUCCCUUCCAGGACUGGUCAGUCAAAUGCAAGAAGAUGGUGGACACAGGAGUAGUAAUUCUUGUAGAGCUUGGUAAACAAGUUCAGGACAGACCUGAAAUAGUGUGUGGUGCUUUUCAACUCUGCACUCAGCGAGAUAACCACGGAGGGGCCCUGAAGUUUCAGAACCAACAAAAAUCAGAUGAACGGCCUGAAAUAACAGGCUUCCCUGAAGUGCUGACUCCCUUCAUAGCUAAUGUGCCCCUUCUUCUCAAUCCUCAAGAUAAAUCCCAGACAGAGCCUCGGUUCUGGCAGAGUGAAGUGAAUCCCUGUGAUGAAUGCAGGGAAGUGGCUGCUGAAAUACAUGAAAUUUUGAAGAGCAACCCCUUCCUUGUCCAGACUUUGGCGGAUUAUGCCAAGCAGCAGUGUGAGAAUCUGGGGACCCACUUGGCAGAUGAGUGCAAGAAAUAUGUCUUUGAGUACGCACAUGUUUUCGUGCAACUGCUGACACAUAUCUUGGACAAGCCACCAAUGGGAAUUUGUGGUAAAAUUGGAUUCUGUGAUUCUACAGAAUCAAAGCCUUUUCAUCCUUUGAGGCCAGCUGACCACCUUUCAGACUUGUAUGAAGCAGCAGUGUCGAAUAAGAAAACUUCAGAUGCAGAGAAACCCCAUUUCGUGUGUAAUAUUUGCAAGAAAAUAGUACAGGAGGCAGAGAACCUGGUGGAGAACAAUGUCACAGAAGAGCAAAUAGUCCAUCAGAUGGUGGAGUUGUGUUAUGUGUUGCCCCAUGAAGUCUUUGACCAAUGUAGGGACUUUGUGAAUUCCUAUGGAAUGGCAGUUGUUAUUAUGCUCCUGGAUGCCACUAAGCCUGAAUCUGUGUGCAUCAUGAUCAAUUGUUGCCCCAAAGAUAUCUCUUUAAGCACGGAGAAAGUAGCUCUUGAGAAAGUAUCAGAAGACAAGGGAAAUGAAAUAUGCCAAGUGUGUAUAAUGCUAGUUACAUAUCUUGAUGAUGAACUGGAGAAGAAUGAAACACAGAUACAAAUUGGAACUAUGCUUUCUAAGGGUUGCCAUUUACUCCCAGAAGCUUUGAAAUAUCCAUGUGAUCAACUGGUGGACCAAUAUGAAUCAGCUGCUGUCCGUCUCCUGAUACAGGUCCUGGAACCAACAUUUGUGUGUGGUGUAAGUCCUGUUGUAAAACUUGUUUAUAUUCAAGGGAUGAGCCAUUUAGAUCCUAAUCAUAUCAACCUUUUCUCAGGAAUAAGUGCAAGCAAACUCUUAGUUUCACAACACUUAUGUAACUUGCCAGUCCUGUGAAGACAAUUAGUCAAUUUUGGAGGCCACCUGACUCAGAAACGAAUCUGGGCAGCUAAAUCAAAAGUAGGAAACCAUGAAAGAAAACAGUAAUAAAGAAAACCCAAUGCAUCCAAAUACCUCCCCCCCCAUCCCCAAUAUACAGUACAGGCUGAAUGUGAAGUAGAGGGAGAGGAAACAGGAAAGUGGGUGUAGAA